AUAUACGAACAUAAUAAUUUUCACCAGUUACAGGAAUAGUCUAGAGUAGUUCAGAUCACCCAACAUUGCAGUUCGAACCUAAAAUGUUAGAGGAAAAGCAGUUUAGUGUUGAAGCGCCCUGGGGCAUGAUCAGAGGUGUAACAUGGGGCAACCCCGCCCACCCACCAGUGUUGCUAGUGCCUGGUAAAAUGCAUGUCUGCACAGGAUAUGGACCGCUUGUCAAGCUGCUACCACAAUGUUUCUACUUUGUGGCUAUAGAUUUACCAGGGAACGGUAUGUCGGAUCCUCUACCAAGAGGCAUCUCUCUGACAAUCUUCGACAUGUUACCAGCUAUACAAGUGGUUAAGAGAAAACUUGGAUGGGACCACUUCAUUUAUAUGGGGCACUCGUUGGGUGCUUUGAUAGGUAAGAUGUAUGACCUAGUCCACCCAGGGGACAUAUCCCGGAUGGUGGAACUAGACCCCACACCAGCGCACCACAACUGGGACACCACCAGGGAAGACUUGCGGAGGUGGCAUCGGACUUACUACGGCUCCUAUGAAGAGAAUAAAUACUGCAAGUUCCACGGCUCGCUGGAAACAGCGCCUAAAUAUACAUAUGAAAAGGCUCGGCAAAUGCUGCUGAAACACGCGGACAUGACUGAAGAAGCUUGCGAACAGGUUUUGAAAAGAUCUCUGGUGCCUGCUGGCAAUGGAUUGUUCAGGUAAUUUUAUGAAAAAACAUUUUAU